AUGCACACGCACUAUUGCGGAGACCUCCGCACCCACGUACGCACGCGUACACGUGCGCACGCGCGUGUGCGUUCAGCUAUUAAUGUCAUUCCUCUUUCUCUGUCGCCCUCACUUCGUGCGUCUCUCCGGCUCUGGCUCUCUCUCUCUCUCUCUACUCUCUCUCUUAGACUCUGCUGUCUUGCUGCUCAUUCUCUUGCCUCUCGAUUUAUAUACGGAAGUGUGACUGCAUUUCCUCUGUCUAAAUCCGCGUUCCGCUUGCAUUCACGCCGCUAUGACCUAGGGUUGCCUCGCCAGACAACGCAGCCGCAUUCAUGGAAAUCCCCACUUUGUGUCUUCUCUGCUUUCUGCUCAACAUCCUCGGUGAGUCAUUACACUCUCAAGUGUAUAUUACCUCUGUUUAUGAGUUUUCUGUCCCCAUUUUCAUUGUGGGUGGAUGUGGGUCUUUGUGUGCGUCUACUACUGUGUGUACGAGUGCAUAAAUUUUAUUACUGGGGCAGUUUUAUUGUUCUUCUGGCGUACGCCUGCACAUUCACACACACGCACACACAUCCACACACGUUCAAACACACACAGGCGGGCGUUCCGUCGUCGCGGCCUCGUUUGCAGACACACACAAACACAUACACGCGCAUUUCAAUGAGAAGACAUCAAACAAGUCAUCAUCAUUACAGCCCUUCCACAUGUGCGUGCACAUAA